AUGGAGGAACAAAACAAUCAAUUUUUUGAAAUAAUCAGAUGUCUGCUGGUAGAUGUUGAUGUCAGUUGUCUUCUCAUUACUGCAACUUUUCUCAAGAAAUCCAAAUUUGAAGUUGUGACAGUGAAGAGUGCAAAAGAUGCUUUAGGUGUUCUUCGGAGCAGUGGCCUCUCAUUUGCACUUGUGGUUACAGAAGUCCACAUGCCCGAAAUAAAUGGCUUUCAACUACAACAAGAAAUAGCCAAAGAAUUUAACAUUCCUGUUGCUUUUUAUUCAGUCGAUGAAAAAGAAAGUACAAUUAUGAAAGGACUUGAGAGUGGAGUUAUUUUAUUUAUGGGGAAGCCAAUAUCACAAAAUGAUAUUAAUUUUUUAUGGAAAUAUGCUACCAUGGGAAAGAAAAUUUAUAAAGGAAGACAAGUUAUUAAUCGACAGAAUCAAGACGAUACCAAUGAAAGAAUCCCCCAUGAAGUAAUUCAUAUUGAAUCUUCAUCGUCGGACAGUGAGAGGGACAAGUCUGCGAGAAAAUCUGAAGCGAACGAAAGCGAACAGGGUUCGUCUCCACUGUCAAAAAAGACUAGAAUUGUUUGGACAGAUCCCCUCCAUGACAAAUUUGUGGAUGUCGUUUCAAAACUUGGCAUGAAGGAAGCUCAUCCAAGGAAAAUUCUUGACCGCAUGGAUACUCCUGAAUUGACAAGAAUACAUGUGGCAAGUCACUUGCAGAAAUAUCGCAUGGACUUGAAAAAGGACAGUAGAGUCCAACAACCUAUGCCAGAAAAUUCGAAUGUUGUUGAUCAUGUUAUAGAGACUGAUCAUCAAGACUUUCAUUCUAGUAAAAGGGAGAAAGAAUUGGCAAGAAUUUUGUGUCGUCAUAUAAAUAAAAAGUCUCAUAAUAUUGGAUUGGGAGAGGCUCCAGUAGAGCUAUCCACUUUACAACAGAGUUAUGAAAGUACUGGAAAUGGAGGAACUGGUACUACAAUAGAUGACUUUGUUAUGUUGGACAAUGUUUAUUCAACUGAACUUACUUCAAUUAUUUCUGGAAGCCAGCUGAACGUUCAAUCUUCUAAUAUGGUACGUUUUUUUUAA